AUGUGCAUUGGCGAGAAGAGGACGCUGACCAUCCCCUCUGACAUGGGCUACGGUCCCCGCGGCAUGGGUCCCAUCCCCGGCGGCGCGACGCUGAUCUUCGAGACGGAGCUCAUGGGCAUUGACGGCGUCGAGAAGCCCGAGAAGAUCGUUGUCAAGCUGCCCAAGGAGGAGGAAGUCAAGGAGGAGGUCAAGGAGAAGGCUGAGGAGGCGGCCGAAGGGAUCGCCCAGAAGGUGGCCAGUGUCGUUGGCGAGGCGGCCGAGGCUGUCAAGACGGUUGUCGCCGACGGCACCGACGACAACCAGGAGCACAAUGAGCUGUAA